AAGUUAUCCCUUGAGUAUGCCAAUCUAAACUCCAAGAUUCCUCUGUCAUUCGGGGGCCUUAAAUCUCCUUGAGCUUGAGUGUUUUAAGAUGCUAUCAGAAUUCUUACAAAAACUGAAAGUGAAAUGAGGAAGGCAGAUUGAGCAAUCCAAUGGAAGGGCAAAUGCCACUAAGCUACUGCACAGUAGGGUUGGAGAUGCAGAAAGGCAGAAAGAAGAAAAUUCAGGGGAACUCUCCUGAGGGGUGAGCCAAGCUCUGCAAAGAAGUGAAUGCAGGACAUCAGCAAACACAGAUAACAGGAAAUGACCCAUUCCCCAUGGUCACUUAUUCUAAAGGCCCCAACCUGCAAAGUUCAAGUGGUGAAGUGGGUGACUUCACAGAAAGGGAGCAGUCACGCCUUUCUUCUUGCAUUAAGAAAAGAGAAGAAAUGAAACUGAAGGAGUGUGUUUCCAUCCUCCCGCAGGAGGAAAACCCCUCUGUCCGAUCCUCCAAAGAUGGGAAGCUGCUGGCCGCAAGCUUACUGUUGGCGCUGCUGUCCUGCAGCCUCACAGUGGUGUCUUUCUACCAGGUCGCCGUCCUGCAAGCAGACCUGGUGAGCCUCCGGGCAGAAAUGCGGGGCCACCAAGCUGAGCAGCUGCCCACCCCUCCUGAAACAGGGACAGGAGUCCCCAGGGCCGCCUUGGGGGAAGCUCCAGCUGUCACCACAGGACUGAAAGAGAUCUUUGCAGCACCAGCUCCAGGAGAAAGCAACUCCAGUUGGAGCAGCAGAAAUAAGCGAGCCGUUGAGAGUACAGAGGAGACAGUUACUCAAGACUGCUUGCAACUGAUUGCAGAUAAUGACACCCCAACUAUACAAAAAGGAUCUUACACAUUUGUUCCGUGGCUUCUCAGCUUCAAAAGAGGAAGAGCCCUGGAAGAAAAAGAAAAUAAAAUAUUGGUCAAAGAAACUGGUUACUUUUUUAUAUAUGGUCAGGUUUUAUAUACCGAUAGCACGUAUGCCAUGGGACAUCUAAUACAGAGGAAAAAAGUUCAUGUCUUUGGGGACGAAUUGAGUCUGGUGACUUUGUUCCGAUGUAUUCAAAAUAUGCCUAAAACACUACCCAAUAACUCCUGCUAUUCAGCUGGCAUUGCAAAACUGGAAGAGGGAGAUGAACUUCAACUUGCAAUACCAAGAGAAAAUGCACAAAUAUCACAGGAUGGAGACGUCACCUUUUUUGGUGCAUUGAAACUGCUGUGACCUACUUAUACCAUGUCUGGAGCUAUUUUCCUCUUUCUCACUGUGCCUCUAAGGGAAAUAAUUUAACUGAAGAUACC